AUGGUACGAGAUUGUCUGGAAAGCAAAUGUUUUAAAUGUGGGAAAUAUGGCCAUAUUUCUCCCUAUUGUCCAAAGAAACAGGAUAAAUUGCGAUGUGCAGGCUGUGGACGGUAUGGGCACAGUAAAGAGGAUUGUAAUGUAACCAAUUUCAAUACUAGAGGCGGUUUUCCCCAAAGGGACAUGGGACAAAAUCCUCCGAAUAUUAGAAUUAUUGAACAAAAUAAAAUAUAUUUUCGAUGCAUAAAGGAUGGCCAUGUUGCGAGAUAUUGUGAGUUUUUGUGA